AUGCGUUUCACACCUUCCGACCUUAGCCUGCCUGCGGCGGCUGUUGCUAUUCUGGCCUCCACUGCCUCAGCGCAGAGCUGCCCGCUUCCCUCUACCUACAAGUGGUCGUCUUCCCAAGCCCUCGCCCAGCCCAAGUCCGGAUGGGCUUCGCUCAAGGACUUCACCACCCAACAGUACAACGGAAAGCACCUUGUCUACGCCACCUACCACGACACCGGUAGCAAAUAUGGCUCCAUGAACUUCGGUACCGUCAGCAGCUUGAGUCAGCUCAGCUCAGCUCCCCAGAACGCCCAGAACUUCAACGCCGUUGCGCCUACGCUCUUGUUCUUCGCCCCCAAGAACGUCUGGGUUCUCUGCUAUCAAUGGGGGCCCACAACCUUCACCUACAGGACCUCCACUGACCCCAGCAAUGUGAACAGCUGGGGUGCUGCCCAGCCUCUCUUCUCCGGAAAGAUCACCGACUCUAGCACCGGCGCUAUUGACCAGACCGUCAUCGGUGACAGCCAAAACAUGUACCUGUUCUUCGCUGGUGACAACGGCAAGAUCUACCGCGCUAGCAUGCCCCUUGGCAACUUCCCCGGCAACUUCGGUACCACCUCAACCGUCGUCAUGAGCGACACUGCCCAGAACCUCUUCGAGGCCGUCCAGGUAUACACCGUCAAGGGUGGAUCCGGCAACCAGAAGUACCUCAUGAUUGUCGAGGCCCAGGGCAGCGGCGGUCGCUUCUUCCGCUCCUUCACUGCCAGCAGCCUCGGCGGUAGCUGGACUCCCAACGCUGCCACUGAAUCCAACCCCUUCGCCGGCAAGAAGAACAGCGGCGCCUCCUGGACCAACGACAUCUCCCACGGUGAUCUCGUCAAGGUUACCAAUGACCAGACCAUGACCGUCGACCCCUGCAACCUGCAGCUGUUGUACCAGGGCCGCAACCCCAACGCCGGUGGCGACUACGACCGCCUUCCCUACAGGCCUGCAUGCUCGGAUAGCCUGCCGCGCCAUGGCAAGGCCCCUGCGAAAAUCAGUCUUCCGUGCCUCACACCGAAAAACGUCAUGCCGGCAAACUUGCAGCCCUUUCUGCUCCCUUAUCGCAAUUUCCCGCAAAAAUUGCAAACCUACCUCCACGAUGCCAAUGGCUUCACCGGAAUCGGUGCGAUACACCUCGUCCAUACCGGCUACACCAAGCCCCUCACUGCUGAAACCGUAUUGCGCGCGCAGGACGCGGAUGAUGGCGGAGCCGAACGGGGUGGCCGCGCGGACGGGGACGGUGGGGAGGCCUUCGAGGAGAGAUUGCGAGGAGAACCACAGCGGCAGGAAAUUGGUAAGGUCUAG